GCCUGCUCUGCCCGUAGCCAUGCUGAAGUGCGGGAUGACGGGCGGCCAGGUGAAAGUGUUUGGGAAAGCAAUACAAAUGCUAUCACGAGUGAGCGAUGAACUGUGGCUGGACCCAUCUGAGAAAGAUCUUACUCUGAGAUCUGUGAAUUCUUGUCAUUCCACGUAUGGCUACGUCCUGUUUUCAUCUAUGUUUUUUCAACAUUAUCAGUGGUCACCCUUUGCCACGAUGAGUGAUACUGACAUACCACUGAAUUUAAAUUGCAAAUUGGCAAUAAAGUCAGUUCUGCCAAUCUUUAGAUGUCUGAAUUACCUUGAAAGAAGUGUAGAGAAGUGCACAAUAGUCGCCAGAGCGGAUAAAUGCAGAGUCGUCAUUCAGUUCUUCGGCAAGCAUGGUAUUAAAAGAACUCACAAUGUGUAUUUCCAAGACAGCCAGCCCUUGAAAAUUAUCUUCAAAAAGAGCCUGUGUGCGAAUAUCCUGAUGAUUAAACCAAGACUGCUGACUGAGGCCAUUGCUCUUCUGACAUCAAAUCAAGAGGAAGUCACCUUCUCUGUUACUCCAGGGAACUUUUGCCUCAAGAGUUCGAGUGGGGAAUUGCUGGAUUUGACCAGCUCUGUGUACAGUGAGAUGUCUUUUGGACCGGAAGAGUUUGACUUCUUUCAGGUUGGACUUGAUACUGAGAUAACAUUUUGCUUUAAAGAACUGAAGGGGCUCCUCACCUUCUCAGAAGUGAUGCACGCACCUCUAGCCAUCUACUUUGACUUUCCUGGAAAACCAGUUGUUUUGAGUGUUGAGGACAUGCUCUUGGAGGCGAACUUUAUCUUGGCCACGUUAGCGGAUUAUCCAAGUAGAAUAUCUUCACCACAGUCACUGCCCCUUUCCCAGGCACGAAGGUCAGUCCCCACACAGUCUAGUGCCCCGGAGGGUAAAAGCGGAGUCAGUCAGACCCCAGAGAGCAUCUCUCGAGCAGCUCCCAAAAGAAUGUUUCCCAAGGAUUCUCCUGACAGCAGCUCUGCAGCUGAGACCAAGAGAGCCAGCGCCUGCCAGGAUGACAUCUUCGAAGUGCCUGAAAGUGUUGUCAGUGACAUGGAGGAAGAGCUGAGCCCUUCACACCUCAGAAAGUUUUCCUGCAUGUUCUUUGGAGCUGUAUCUUGUGAACAGCAAGAGCAUGCCGGCCACCCUUUGGACAGCCUGGCAGUAGCGAGCGACAAUGAGGAGGACCCCUCAGCUGCUCUGCAGUGGGAGGCAGAAAGCAUGCAGUGAAGUCGGUGUGAGUCAUCGGCACACAGCAGCCCAAGCUCAGCCUAGAGAGGAACCAGGUAAGGUGGUGGGGGACAAAUGCCUGCUCACUGCUCCUCUCAGGUCUAGCUGCUUACGUGCAGAUUACGAGCGAACCUGGCACCAAAUGCACUUAUGUAACAGCUCAUGGUGUAGGACGCUCUCACCAAACCUGUGUACAGUCGGUUACAGGCGACAAAAGGAGCCUCUCAGGAACAUGUGCUUGCUGAGUCCUUGGAAAAGCACCAACCUGUACGGAAGCAUCAACCCGGCAGGACUCAGUGCUGCCCACGUGCAUUAGCUGCUUCAGAAGUGAGAGCAGCGUUCUAGCUGAAACCAGAGGGCCUGGGUUCUUGUAGCUUAGCAGUGAGUCACAGCUACCCACGGGAACCUAAUAAAAA